AAAUUCAAACGGUAAAAGUGAUCGAAAAAAGGUAUGACGUGAUCGAAAAAAGGUAUGACGUGUUCGAAAAAAGGUAUUACGGUAACCGCCAAAAAAAGGUUUCACGGCAAUCGCCUAAAAAGGUUUCACGGCGACCGCCAAAAAAAGGUUUUACGGCGCCUGCGGCCCACGGACGUGAAAUGAACGGAUGAACGCGCUUCAAAAAGUCCGUUUGCCGCCGAGUAGCGGGCAUGAGUGAGUCAACUGUCAAACCAACGGACCAGCCGGUCGCUUUUCUGGCAAAACGUUAAAGUCCCUUCAUCUUCGAAUCACGCGAUUUACCCGGGAAUUGGAAGUGCCGCUCUGCCUUUCCACUCCUUUUCGUCCCAUCUUCCUUCAAUUCUAUAAAUAUCAGGUAGAUUAAUGGCUAAAUAGCAUAGCAUCACAAAGCCGUAAUCCUUCAAUCUGAUCCAGUUUGUUUCAGCUGCGUUUUUCUGUUUUCCAGAGGUUAUUAUUAUGGCUCCCAGGAAAGAUGGCUUGGAAGUGCACUACAGGGGAGUGAGGAAGAGGCCCUGGGGUCGAUUCGCCGCAGAGAUCAGAGAUCCUGCCAGGAAACGAAGAGUUUGGCUCGGAACUUUUGGUACUGCUGAGGAAGCAGCUAGGGCUUACGAUUCUGCUGCAAUUUCUUUCAAAGGCUCAAAAGCUAAGACUAAUUUCGCCUAUCCUUGUUCCCCGGCGGCACAGAGCAGCAGCCAGAGUAGCGCCAUGGAGUUGGAUGUGAAGCCCGGCGCUUCCUUUUCCGCCGUUGCUGCGAAACAGUUCUUCUUGUUCGGUCGCGAGAAAGCGGAUCUUGUUUUUUCUGACAAUAGACAGACAUCUUGUAAAAAGACGGUGAAGAAGGAAGUCGAGGGCCGCAACGGCCAGAGCGAUUGUGAUUCUUCGUCAGUUGUCGUAGACGGCGAAGCGGAAGCAGAAGCAGAGGCAGAGGCAGAGGCAGAGGCAAAGCCUCUUUCUAACAGAAAGCUUCCGCUUUUCGAUCUCAAUCUUCCGGCUCCUCUUGAUGAGGACUGUCAAUUGUAACAGAUCUGCUUGUAAAAUGCAUUUUUUUCUGACUAUUUAGGGCGGAUUUCGGUUUCUGAUGCAAAAAUUGUGGCAUCUGAAGAAACCUAAUGACAAUCAUAAUUAACGCGUGAAUGUGUGUACAAUAGCCGAAUUAUAUUUUAGAAGAAAUUCCAUUUUCCGAUUA